ACACCCCCCGCCCCCGGGACCGCGAGGCUCCCUCCCCGCGCCGGCCGGUGAGUACACAAAGCCGCGGGUGAGGGGAAGCUUCGCAGGCGUGCACGGAGCAGUGAGAUCACUGGCGUUAUAAAUAUCCCGGUGCCAGCGCGGAGAUCCGCUCGGGGGCCUCUCUCUCCCCCUCUCCCCUUCUCAUCCCCGAGGCUAUGUCCACCCGGUGCGGCGAGGCGGGCAGCGCCAGAGGCACGCAGCCGCACAGGGGCUACAGAGCCCAGAAUCAGCCCUGCAAGAUGCACUUAGGACCCCCGCGGCUGGAAGAAUGAGCUUGUCCUCCCUUCUCCUCCUCUUCUUCAGCCACCUGAUCCUCAGCGCCUGGGCUCAAGGGGAGAAGCGCCUUGCCCCCAAAGGGCAAUCCGGACCCACUGCCAGUGAUAGGAACCCUAGAGGCUCCAGCAACAGACAGAGCGGCAGUAGCGCUAUGUCUUCCUCUUCUGCCUCCUCCUCCCCCGCAGCUUCUCUGGGCAGCCAAGGAAGUGGCUUGGAGCAGAGCAGUUUCCAGUGGAGCCCCUCGGGGCGCCGGACCGGCAGCCUCUACUGCAGAGUGGGCAUCGGUUUCCAUCUGCAGAUCUACCCGGAUGGCAAAGUCAAUGGCUCCCACGAAGCCAAUAUGUUAAGUAUUUUGGAAAUAUUUGCUGUGUCUCAGGGGAUUGUAGGAAUACGAGGAGUUUUCAGCAACAAAUUUUUAGCGAUGUCAAAAAAAGGAAAACUCCAUGCAAGUGCCAAGUUCACAGAUGACUGCAAGUUCAGGGAGCGUUUUCAAGAAAACAGCUAUAAUACUUACGCCUCAGCAAUACACAGAACUGAAAAAACAGGGCGGGAGUGGUACGUAGCCCUGAAUAAAAGAGGAAAAGCCAAACGAGGGUGCAGCCCCCGGGUGAAACCCCAGCACAUCUCUACCCAUUUUCUGCCAAGAUUCAAGCAUUCCGAGCAGCCAGAACUCUCUUUCACGGUGACUGUUCCUGAAAAAAAAAAGCCACCUAGCCCUAUCAAGCCAAAGGUUCCCCUUUCUGCACCUCGGAAAACUCCCAACACAGUGAAAUACAGACUCAAGUUUCGCUUUGGAUAAUAUUCCUCUUGGCCUUGUGAGAAAUCAUUCUUUCCCCUCAAGAGUUUCUAUAGGUGUCUUCAGAGUUCUGAAGAAACAUUUCUGGACACAGCUUCGGCUAUACUUACACUGUGUUGAAGUCACAUCAUUUGUUUCAGUGUGACGGAAACAAAACGUAUUUUGAUAGGAAGAAAACUGGAAUUCUUUGUCUAAUACAGGGAGCACAUUGCUUCAGUUCAGCAAGACAUAAAGCCUUUUGCUUUAUGCUUAAGGGAUAUUUAGAACUUUGUAUUUUUGGAAAGUUAAAUAACAUGGGCUAUGUAUUUUUCUGACUUUUACAGAUCAACCUGAAAGAACAUACAUGAAACAUUUUUUAUUUUUGGUUUCCAAAGAAUAUUUUGAUGCAGAUAAAAUAUUUUGUUAACUUUUGUUUUUUGUUUUGUUUCCUUAAAAGUACCUCUGCAUUGAGCGUUAUUUUCUUACUUUUAUUAUUUUAAUUAAUAUGACAUAAGCAAUCAUUUUAUGCUGUUUAUGAAUUACAAAUGUGUUUAUAGCUAAUUUGUAAUGUGGAACUCUUUUACAUUUUUCCUAUUCACUGCACUUUUUUACUUUUUUUUUCUAGCCAUACCUCAGAUAAUAUAUUUACUUUUACAUUUUAAUAUGUUUAAAUUCUUUUUUCAUGGCACCAAAGGCUCAGCUUGGAUUUGUGUGUAUGUGUAUGUAAAUUCAUGACAUUAUGUGGAAUCCUACACCUUUGGUGGCUGGAAUAUGAUGGGUUAGAAGCAAGGAUAAAAUAUAAGGACAUUUUGAUGGAAUUAAAUUUGGGAGGUAAGGAAAAGGAUUUAGAGGUAAAAGUACAUUAAGUUUGCAACAUUUAUUGAGAUCUACGUCUGUCUUGCCUUCAUUUCCCUUUUGAUAUACCCCUUGCCCUCAUUCUUGAACAGCUGGAGGAAUAAAUUUUGUUCUGUCCGUCAAGUCUACACUAUGAAAUUGGAGUGCUUAAAAAUACUUCUAUGACUCUGUUAUCCCACUGUAUAGAUCCACAGGGAGCAAACACUUAGAGAGAAAUGACAGAGAACUGAAGGAGAUGAAUGGUUUAACAGUUAUCCAUGCCAAGUCCCAUUGUCAGGCAUAUUCUUAUUACUCAGUCAAACACUCUUUGAGCUUGCCUUCCUGAAGAUAGCCAUUCCAGUGAAUAGAUGUGCCCUUUUAUAAGGAAACUUCUGAUGUUUAUUUUAAAAACUGGCCUUUUGAUUGAGGUAACUAAUUUGGGAAUUCAAUGUGUUGAAAAUGGCAUUUAAUUUCAAUGUAAAUACUGACUGCUGGACAUAUAAAUCACAGAAAAUUUAACUUUAGAAAAUUUAUAAAAUUUAUUCUCAGGUAAUCAUUUUAAUAAAGUUCUGCAAAAUGCAAAUGUUUAUCUUACAUUCAGAAAUGUAGCAAAAAAAGAAAACCAUAUAGCUAAUGGGUAAAUGUAUGGCUUUCAUAGUAAGAGCGAAAGAGUUCAUAGAAAUUUCAUGGUUUGCAUUUAAACAUGUUUAAAGUAUACUUACAAACUGUUUUUUUCUUAAAGCAAACUACGGUUUAUUUCAGUGCACAAACACAAAGUGGAAACAUCAAAAUUGAACUAGCUACCAUAUAAGCAGUUUGCUUUAAUUUGAUGGAAAAACAGUGCAUAUAUAUAUAUAUAUAUAUAUAUAUAUAAUAAAUUUAAAAAACUCAUCCAUCAACUAAAACACAUGUAUACAUUAGUAUAGUGUUUUGUUAUAAAGCCAAUUAUCUCAUUAAACAUUCUUUGCACUUAAUGUAUGAUUUUUAAAUGGAAUAAAGUUAAAAGCUACAAAAAAUUGAAUUAAUUUAUACUUUAAACUAUUUCUGGGACAAACAAAACAAUGAAAUUUUUAAAACAAAGAUAUGUCCAACUCUCAUCCAAAUGGCAUUUUAUGUGUUUACACAGUAUAAAACUAAAAAUAUGACUCUAGUUGAUUCUAAUCUAUUGUUAAGCAUUGCACACUGUAUACCAAGUUCUUAGGGCACAUGAAAAAUUUAAGUUGUAAAACAGAAACUAAUAAACAUAAGUUCCUAACUAGGGAAGGGAGAGGUGAUUAUGAUGGUCAACAGCAAGCCACAUUAAUGCAUAAGUUGUAUAGGCUAAAUGUUGCUUGUAGUCUACAUUAAUCUAAAAAGUAAUCGUUUACCUUAUACUCCUAGUUUGAUUUGAUUAGCAUAUGAAUGUGAAAGAUAGCUACCAAAUAUAUUAUGCAAGUCAGGAAUCAUUAAUUUCAAAAUUUAAAGCCAAGCUAAAAUUUAAAAAAAUAUAUUAAAUUACACUUCUCUUUACUCACCAUACACAAUGAAUUUUUCUUUUUUUUUUUUUGAGCCAGAGUCUCACUCUGUUGCCAGGCUGGAGUGCAGUGGCACGAUCUCAGCUCACUGCAACCUCCAACUCGUGAUUCAAGAGACUCUCUUGCCUCAGCCUCCCGAGUAGCUGAGAUUACAAGCACGCGCUCCCACAUCCAGCUACUUUUUAUAUUUUUAGUAGAGACGGGGUUUCAUCAUGUUGGCUAGGAUGGUCUCUAUCUCCCGACCUUGUGAUCCACCCGAAUUGGCCUCCCAAAGUGGUGGGAUUACAGGCACAAUGAUGUUUAAUUAUUGCUCAGUUAAGCAUUAAGUUACCUACAUCAAUUAAUUAAAUAAACUAUGUACAGAAAAAAAAUUAAAUAAACUAUGUAUAAAUAUAUGUCUAUACUAAUGCUUACAACAUUCUAAAAGGGUUCUUGCUUAUGUAGCUUUUUAUUAUUUUAAAUAACUAGAACCACCCAAUACUGAAUAAAAUUAUUUGAUUAUGGUUAUGUUCAUCUAAACACAAUAAAUUUUAUAUUAAUAUUUAAAAGCCUAUUUUGCCUAUAGGUGACAAACACCUCCAGAAUAACAUGUCAGUUUUAUCAAUUAUAUUAUGUUUAAUUAUUUAAGAUUUCUUUAUAUGGAACAUCUAUAGAGAUAAAUAGAGGUUUUCAAUAAGAUUUAGCAACACUGUUAUGUUUCUUUCACAGAGUCUAUUUUCACUUCCUUCUAAAGAAACAAAUUUGAGAAUAUAAGUGUAUAUUGAUUUUCUUGAUUAUUUCAGCUGAAUUAUAUUGGUCCAGAAGUUCAAAAUCAUGUGACAAUAAUGAGGGAUACUGAUAGAAGUUAUUCCUAAGUUUAUAUAUAUAUAUUAUAAAAGUUACAUAUAUAAAACUAAGAGUUUUAUUUAUUUUAUUUUUAAGCUUGUAUUUAUUGUGGCUAAAGAUAAAACAUCAUAAAUCUGAUAGAUAAAUUUCUUAUGAAAUCAAUCUUGAAAUAGAAAACAUAAUGAUUUUCUUAGCAUUAGCAUAUUUUUUACCUUCCAAAGGAGGCAGAGAAUAAAUCAUGACUUAUCCCAUUUUCAAUAACAAAAUGAAACUAUUGCACUAACCAAAAACUUGCCUUCUGGCAUCAUUUUUACAGUCUCAGCAAAUUGUCUCUAGAACUCAUUAAAAAAAAAAAAAGUAAUAUUGCAGACAUUGCUGCAAUGGAAAGCAAACAAUAACUUCUUAAAGGAAUUCUACAGCUCCUUUAAGAUUUAAUUCAUUGCUACAUCUAAAUUCUGAUAAAGUAAAAUCUAUGUUAAGCCAAUAAAAUUUUUAAAUAGUUUUGAAAGAAACUUCUGAAUAAAUGGACAAGGCCUAUUUUUUUUUUUUCUGUCAAUCCAAUUGUACUGGCCAGUUUUUGAAAUAAGAUUAUAUGAUUAGGUAUUAGUAGAGAAAAAGAGUUACCUCCCCCAUCUUACUCUGCCCUGUUUGAAAGCCUCAGGGUAGAGAAGGGAACAAGAAGCCAACCCAACCUGAGUUGAGGCAUCUUUACAUCUAAGAAUCUUUAUGACAUUGAAUCUGUCAACUGUGCUACACAUUAUCAAUCAGUACUUCAGCAAUUUUAUGCAAUACAAAUAAUAUUAGAUUAUAAAUCAAGAACUCUCAUUUAUGUUUUAGUUUUUUAAAUUGUUUUUGUCUUUAUUCAGACAUAAAUACCACAAGUCACUCUCACACCUGUUUUGUCCUUCACCAUUUGAUCUCUAACUUGAUUUCCAGAUUUAUCGCCAGGGAUUGUAGGAGUCAUAAAAUGUUGAAAGUUCUGUGAGAUCAUAAAAGGGACAUGGUUCCUCCUCUGAUGAAAUUAAAUCUAUGUCCAGAUGAAAAUGGACAACCACAUUAAAAAAAAAAAAAAAAAGCUGUCAAUGAAGUUACAAACAUAGAUCUCUUUAAAAGACCUUUUCUUAGUUUCAAAAACGAAUCCACUGAGUAAGUGUAUGAGAUUUGAUUAAGACAUUUACAAAGCUGGGAUCAAUUCUGGGCUUAACAUUUUAUAAAGGAUGUAAAAAAUUUUAAUUAACCUGAAGGGGGAAUGGUCAGAGUGGUAUCAUUGUUGAUAAUAAAUAGCUCUACUUAAUUAAACAUGCAAUUUUAAAAACACCUCUUUUGUGAUUAAAGUUUCCCAUUCUCCAUGAACCCUUCUGGAAAUUCUUGAAGAAAUGUGAGUAAUUCUUAUUGACAUCACUCCUCCAAAUAAGGAUAGCUCAGGACACAAUUUUAUGUCACCAUUCUCUCAUUUUCCCAAAAAUUGAGGAAGUGUUUUCUGAGAUCCCUCCUUGCAUAAGGCACUCAGCUAGUAAGACACUCUUCGACUUGCUCAGUGCUUCUUUAGUAGUUCUUUGUGGAUAUUUACAUCAAUGUACUCUCAUAUUUUGAACUUCUGGAGGGAAUAUAUCUGCGAUCAUUUCUCAUUUCCCACCCUAAGAUCAGGCUAAUAAAAAUAACUUAAUAAAUGCUUUUAGCUAAAAGCAAAUUUGAAUAAUGUGUUCCUCUGAUUUAAACACUUUGUAGAGCUAUUGGAUAUUCUAGUUAUUCAUAAAACUUAAUGUAUAAUUAUAAUUAUAGGUUCCUGGCAUAUGUUAGUUGCUCAGAAAUGCUUUUACAAUGUAUAUAGGUGCUGAAUAAAAUUUACUGGACAAAAAUGAUGAUGAUGAGUAAGAGAACCCCAUGUUAAAUAUAAAAUAUCUUCUACAAUAAAAGUAAGAACAUUCACUGCCCCUCCUCGUGUACUUGAAGUUCUCAAACACAAAUUUUUAGACCAAACUAAACAUAUCAGGCACUUGCAGCUGCAUUUAAGUAUCAAUGCAUGUCAUCAUAUGACACUUCGAUUUCAUUAGCAAUCAUAAAAAUAGGUUACUAUGCAAAUCUCAAUGCUUUUGCUAUUUGUAGGCCAAACAAGCAGUCUAGUUGGAUGCCAGUAGGUAUCAGUGGGAAAGUAAAGACAUUUCUUUUUGGUAAUUUAUUUCUAGAUGUGUUUUUCCCUUUCCCUAGAUAAACUCUCUCAGAAAAGACUGACAUUUUUCUGUACCCUACAGAGAGAUUAGUGAAUGCAUAAUCACACAGUGACAGGUCCAGUUCCAGUGUGUUUCUCAUUAAAUUCUCUGUCGUUCCCUCUGCGGGAAACUGGACAAUUUAUCAGAUUUUCGUAUACAGGGAGGCGAAAUUCUGCUGAGGAGGCAAUACAAUGUCUUUUACUUUCUGGAGUGCAAUUAUGGCUGAGCUUCCCCAACAGUACUCCAUUUUAUGAUAGGGCUGUCUUUGUAGGAUGUGGGCAUUCUAUAACUUGUUUCUAUACUCAGACACAGGUUAUAUAUUUACAUUUUUAAAAGUUAGCUAGCUGUCCUACAUUCGUCUCAAUAAAGAAUGUCUGUGAUUAAGUGUACCUGUAUACUAGAAUAUUAAUUAUACAAGGAGAAUAUACAAAGACUUCUCUAACAGUCACCAUCUUAAUGGAGCAUGUGAGAGAAUAAGUUCCAAUUCUGGAACCAUAAAGUAAUGUUAAAGUGUAUGUUUCAGUCAA